CGUGUAGGAUACAGUGUGGCUCGAGCAAGGGGCAAGACUACGCCAUCAGAAAUACUUAAUCUGUGUUUUGACCCCUGAAAAACGAUGGACACGCCACUUCCUUCUAAAUUUAGCCACAUUCUUGUCGGCGCUCAGUGAGCAACCAAAGCGCCGUGCUCAUGUAGUAUAGUUUAUGUGCCCAGAAUAAGCUGCUGGUCCCUCGAGAUUGGCUGCAGCUCCGCCGCUCUCCAUUGCUGCUAUGCGGUUCGGCACGUUCUGAGUGCGCGCGACAGAGAACGCUGUCGUCAUCCAGGCGAGAACACACCAGCCAUGGCGCAGGGGAACCACUUACUAACCAUCCCCAAACAAGAGGGGCUUUUCACGACCAUUAAGAACGAUGACUCCCCAGUCGAAGAUGAGGAUGAGGAAGAAACCGAGGAAGACGUGCGCUUCAUACCGCGGUGCUCUCCUGUACCGAGAAAGCGCGGCCCGUCCAUUACAGACGAGACGGCCGAGUAUAUGCGGAUUCGCCUCGCCCUUCCGCAGAGGAGAGUGUCUUUCGCGGACGCCGCUGGAGGAGAUCUGGUCGACGUGCGCGAGAUCGCCGUGUUCGACACGGCCGACGAAGAGGACAACGCUGACUGGGAGGAAGAAGAGGCGAAGUGUCGUAGAGCUUAUCUCGAGCCCGUGUACCGCGUCUGGCCCGAGUUCCAGGCGCGUGCGGAAAGCGACCUGACGCUCGCGGUGCGCGCUAAUAAAGUGGAAGUGGAGAAAGUGACCGCCGUACAGGACGAGCCGCUCGCCUUCGACGCGCUUAUCUGCGUGCUGAACGUUUCUUAUCACAAAUGCGUCUACGUCCGGUCCACCAUGGACGGCUGGAUCACUCACACUGACUCAGCCGCCGAGUACGUGCAAGGAUCCCACGACGGCGAUACCGACAAGUUUUCGGCCAGGCUGUCCUUCGCCGAGCCGUACCUCUUCAACGGAGCACGGAUCGACUUCGUCGUGCGUUAUGAAACGUCUGAUGGGGAGUUUUGGGCGAACAAUUCGGGCAGGAAUUAUUCGGUUUCCCUUGUCGUGUCCUAUGAGGAAGACACGGUCCCGGUUAAUAAGGUAGACGAUCGAGAAAUUAAAGGCAUACUGAAGCCUCCACGGUACAGAGCAGAGGAUGACUCUGACUUCUGUCUGGAUACUGAUGACGGAAAUGGAGAUAAUGCAGAGAGAGAGGCAGCUACUGCACUUUUCUCCCCUGUGUGUCCGCUUGUUAUUGAGCCGGAGAUCGACAUUGAGAUUCCCAAAGCUUUGAUUUCUUCCUCUAAAACUAAAGAAGACCCUACAAUAGCAGAAUGCCCUCUUCUACGUGCUGACAGACAAGAUGAACAUCCUCUACAGGAUUUAUCUACAAGUCCAUCACAAACAGGCCAUCUAGAAAAAGGCCAAGGCAGAGAAUUACUAAUACCCACUGAGAACAUCACAUUUUCCAUUCAGGAUGAAGCCCCAGAUAAUGACCGGACACCUAAUUCUGACAGACAUUUUGUGCUUUCUGCCGAGUCCAACCAACCCUUUUGUCCAAACCGAGAUAACCCCGAAUCAGACACUGCAGUCCAAGAACCUUUUGAUUUAGACAUAAGUUUACCAGCUAUGUUUCCAAGCAUCCAAGAUAUGGGGGAAGACCACAGAGAGAAUGAUGAAAUACAGCCUGGAGAGAGGAGAAUGACACAAUUGCAAGGCCAGACCAGUGAUAUGGAAACGGAAAUUGACAACACUGAUUCUUCAUUACAAGAGCUGCUAGAAUCAACACAGCAAUGUUCCUUAAUGGAAUUGAUCACUGCCAAUGCAAGUAAAGGCGAUGGAGAUUUUGUUCAUAGCACAGGUCAUGACAUCCUGUUUGAAGAAUCACAUGAGCCCUUAUUGGAGAAUCCCGAAAAGCAGAUGAUCAGAAGGGAAACCAGUGGAAAGGAACAAGCAGGUCUAAUGGUAGGGGAAGAACCAGACAUGAUUGCAUCUAGUAUGAGGAAACCAUUUGAACCCACCAACUUGGGGCAGACCAGAGAGGACAUACUGACCAAAAAUGUUCCCAGCCCUCCAAGAUCACCUGACCCAGAGUUAGCCGAAUAUCAACAGCAAGGCCAGGGGCCAGAGCCUGAAGUGAAGGAGGUACCUGAAGUCCUUUCUGUAAAUGUAGACAUUCCAUCUGGCUCUGAAUGCACAUCUCCUAAAGAAGAGAGCCCAAUGCUAACAUCUAUUUCUAGUGCAACAGUGACAUCCCAAAGUUUAUCCACCAUUGUGCAAGCAGUGGCACCUGAGGCUGGCAAACCUUCCAUGACACAGGAGGAUCCUUUAUUUAAUGAAGAGUUUGAAUUGCACUACAAUGACCCUGCUUCAAUUAAGAAACAAGAGGUAUUAGAAAGCCAUCCUGCUCUGUCCUGUAAGAACUUAGAGGCUUCUAAUGCAGAGGUUGAUGUGAUUUUACAUAAGACUCUAAUUCCAUCCUUUGCCUUCCUAAGUGCUUCUGUCUGCUUGAUCGUUGGGUUCCAUGAACCCAGCAUCUUCCUUAUCAUGGCACUCUUUGUAGUUUCCCUCUGUUUUUGAUUUUUUUCUUUUCUUUGGAAAACUCACCCAAGCGCCUUUUUUCUGAACUUGAAAAAUACAAGUACACCUAGUUUCUUAUUAAUGUUUGUGGUGUUUACAAAGCAUAGAUAUAUAUUAGGCAACCAUUAUUUAUUCAGAGUUAUUUUUGUAUGCACUGCCUAUAAUUUAUGUAAUAUCACUGUGAUUAGUAAUAAUGCACAAUCGAUAGAUUAUUCAGACUCAUUAGACUCAUUUCCCGGAUACUAAUAAAUACUGUGAAAAAAAUUGCAUAGCCAUUACACAAGUAACAGUUUUCAGCAUAGUACUCACUGUUUUCAGACAAACAGGAUGUUUGGGACAAAAGUCCUUCAUCAGCGUGCAAGCAAGGUGCAUAUAUUGCACUAAAAUUAAAUAGAUAAUAAUGUAAAUAGCAAAAAAAUCAAAAACAAACAAAAAAAAAACUACUGCUAUAGCAACUACUGCUUAACCCCUCCAUCUCUAAGCUAAUUAGCCUCUGAAUGUGGCAUUGUGGUAUGAUUUCUCAUUUUCUGUGAAAUACACUCAAAAGUUCCUCAAGGUUAGCUCUACCUAAAACUAUCUGUGAAGGCCAUUUAUAAGGUGCUACAGUGAAACUUUAAAGGUUCUCCCAGUGGGACAAACUGAAGACCCCCAAGGGUACAACCUUUUAUUAUCAUAGUGUAAUUGCUGGAUAUAAUGUCUAUAGCCGUGUUUCCACCGAAAUUAAUCGGAACAAUUACUCCCAGGGACUUUUGUCAAGGGACCAUUUGGUUUCUCCAGACCUUUGUUGUCUGCGUUUCCAUUACGGUCUUAAGUACCGUGAAGAUUAGGCAAAUUUAGUCCGGUGACGUUGGUCCGCCGGUCAAACCGCUCCUGUUAUUUUUGUGAUGCUUAAUUUUCUUGUAGCCUUCUUUUAAUUUCCUGAUCUUCUGUCUGCACUGUUCUCUGGUGUGAACAAUGACCAGGUUGCUUCAAUGACUUGAUAAUUUUAAGCAUCUUUUUCAUUGCAGGUCACCAUUUACAGUUCCCGCUGUUUUUCUUCCUCGGCAUAAAUACUUAAGGCCUGAACCUCGUUGUCGGUCCAUUGGUCAUAUUUUUUAAAGAAACUCCAUUGUGUUGAUUCAAUUCACAAUAAACAAAUGUUACUGUACGUAUUGCAACAUACUUUUUAAAAUGGUGUUUGGGGAAAAAACCAAUCAGCAUGUUUAGCGCCCAAGUACCCCCAAAAUUCCUAAACUUUGAAAAAGUAUCACCUCCCGAGUAGGGACUUUCCAGGUAUAUUUUACCUGGAAUUUAGUUUAGACCUGGUCCCUGCGGUGGAACACACAGAGUACCUCCAAAAGUCCCUAGUUCCUAGCGAAAGUUCCUGUGGUGGAAACACAGCUUAUGAAUAAUUCUUGGAUGGUAAUCGGUCCUGCCACUAGGAAACCUUGUCUGUAGCACUGGCACUCCACUGGCACUUACUUUUCCUUCUUGUGACAUUUGAGACCUGAUCAAAUAUACAGAGAACCGACCAAGUGUGGUAAUUAUUUUGCAGACACUUAAGUUUUGAAUGAAUGAUAUUAUGAAUGUGACCUGAUAGCUUCUCCUUGAGCUAUGUUGGUUUUUUUUUUUUUACCCCCCCCCAAUCAACAUAGAUUCCUGGCCAUGUAAGAAAGAUUUAAGACUUAUGAAGUAAUCAACAUAAUAGUGCUAAAGAAAGUAACAUAUUGUUAAAGAAGGUUAUACAGUGUUUGGAGUUCUAGGCAGAAAUUUAUGAAAACUGACCAUCAGUGGCUUAAUUGUGGUAAGUAUAUUCAGGUACAACAUAAUCAACCUAUCUGCUUUCUUCCAUGUAGCAUCAUAAUACAGAAAGUGUUGAUAUGGGUGCAGGCUUUAAUUACAGUGGUUACACACUGGGAGCAUAUUCACAAAGAAGAGAAAUGGCAGGGUUGACCACUUUGUACCAAAUGAUGGCAUACUUAAGGAAUGAAUAUUGACAGGGAUUGGCUAAUGUGGUAGUAGUAAAAUGAUAUCUUAAUGUCAUAAAUACAAUUGCAAUCAAAAUUAUUCAUCCCCUAUUUCAAAUUAGGUUUAUUGUCAAAAUUUACAGACUUUCAGCUGUUUGCAAUGAACAAAUCAAAACAAAAGCAAUUGAAAUAGUUCAACACGAAUGCUUCAAGUGGUUUCCCCAAAUUCAACUGAAAGUGCAAGUUAUAAUGAUUUCUCCAGUUUCUAAAUUAUUCAAUCCCUUCAUGGCAAACAUCUUUAGUACUUAGUAGUACAUCCUUUUGCUGUUAUGACCUGCCACAAACGAGAUGCAUAGCUUCUGACAGCGUUCCUGAGGAAUCUUAGCCUCAUGAGCAAUCGCCUCCAGUUCAGUAAUAUUCUUGGGUUUGCAUGCUGCAACCGCCUUCUUCAAAUCCCACCAGAAAUUUUCUGAUUUGGGACUUCAAGUCAGGUGACUGUGAUGGCCCUGUAGAAUCAUCCAGGACUUCUUCUGCAACCAAGCCUUGGUGGAAUUUUAGGUAUGCUUGGGCCCAUUGUCCUGAUGGAAGGUCCAAUGAUGUCCAAGCUUCAGCUUCCUCACAGAUGGCAUGUUUUCUCCUACGAUUUCCUGAUACUUCAAUGAAUCCAUCUUGCCUUCCACAUGCUGCAGGUUUUCCAGGGUGGAAAGCAGCCCCAGAGCAUCACCAAGCCACCACCAUGCUUAACUGUGGACAGAGUGUUUUUUCCUCUUUCUUCUUCCUCCACACAUCCCGCUGAUCCACGGUGCCAAAAAGUUUUGUUUCAUCGCUCUACAGAACAGAAUCCCAAAACUUCUGUGGCUUAUUUUAUAUGAUUUUGAGCUGACUUUUCUUGUGCUUUUAGGUCAGUAGUGGUGUAUGACUUCUGUUCUGGCAUGGAAAACUUCUGCAUUUAGUAUGCGCCUUACUGUGCUCAUUGAAACCUCGAUGCAUGUUGCCACCAAGUCUUGCUGGAGGUCUUUUGCUGUCACUUAAGGGUUUUUCCACAACUUGCCUUCUCAGGAAUCUGGUUGCAGCCUUUGAUGGCUUCAUUUUUCUGCCCUGCCUGUCCAGGUAUUUCAUGUAUUUUCUGCACCUAGCCAGUUCAGGUAUUUCAUGUGUUCCAGCUCAAGUACACCUUUUGCAACUAAUGAAGCCCUUGAUUAGUUGCAUCAGGUGUGCUUGAGACAACACCUGUUUUGCAUAUUUGUGCUGUUGUGAGGGAUUCUAUUUAGGGGGUUGAAUAAUUUUGAAAAUGGAGAAAUCAUAAUAAGUUGCAUCUUCAGUUGAAUUUGGGGAAACCACUUGAAGCAUUCAUUGUGUUGAACUAUUUCAAUUGCUUUUGUUUUGAUUUGUUCAUUGCAAACAGCUGAAAGUCUGUAAAUUUUGACAAUAAACCUGAUUUGCAAUGGGGGUUGAAUAAUUUGAUUGCAACUGUAUAAAAUGAAAAUUAAGGUGUUGCUGACUCAUUAAAUGGAAACAAUAACCUAAACAUUCAUUAAUGAAAGGAUGUUUAUUUGAAUGUACCUACAUUUAGAGUGCAUCAGAUCAAUUUACACACUUCUUAUGUAACUUCAUAUGUAACUAUACUGUAAUAAUUAAUAUAAUAAUUGUUUAUUGUAACACGACAUCAUGCAGUGGUUUUCAUUUAUGAGUUUACCAUGAUGUUUACAUCAGCCAAUCACUGUUAAUAUUCAAAAAUGAGAAUGGUUGAAAAUGAGAAAUGUCAUGGAAUGUUAUGCAAUAUGUAGAGGGCAUUUAUUGUUUGAUUUAAAACAUGACAUUUGCUGCAACUGCAAUUUUCAUGUGGCAAGUAGUUUGAUCACCAGUAAACUUUGAACACCAGUGGCACUGUAUUACUUAAUAGUUGAUGUGAUUUUUAAGGUUGUCAUUAAAUAUAUGAAAUGUGUUAACUUGACUGCAUUGUUAAAUUGCAAGUUCUUUGUGAGUUUAUGUAAGCUACAACCAAUCAAACAGCACUCACAAAUAAACAGUGGCAGAUA